UUACUCAAAAAUGCCAAAUGAGUGACCGUGUAUUCUGUAAUCAGAUUGUUGUAAAAAAAUGGCAAAAACUUACGAUUGUUUAUUCAAAUUACUUUUAAUAGGCGAUUCUGGAGUUGGUAAAACAUCUAUACUAUUUAGAUUUUCUGAAGAUGCUUUUAAUAUAUCUUUUAUAUCAACCAUCGGUAUCGAUUUUAAAAUUCGGACGAUAGACCUUGAUGGAAAAAAAGUCAAGUUACAGAUAUGGGAUACUGCGGGUCAAGAGAGGUUCCGUACAAUAACCACGGCUUACUACCGAGGAUCUAUGGGCAUUAUGCUAGUAUAUGAUGUGACAAAUGAGAAAAGUUUUGAAAACAUUAAGAAUUGGAUAAGAAACAUUGAAGAAAAUGCAAGUGCUGAUGUUGAAAAGAUGAUACUCGGUAACAAAUGUGACUUAGAUGCUAAAAGACAGGUAUCAAAAGAACGAGGUGAACAAUUAGCAAUAGAUUAUCAAAUUAAGUUUGUAGAAACAUCUGCGAAAGACUCAUUAAAUGUGGAAUACGCAUUUUACACUCUAGCAAGAGAUAUUAAGGCGAAAAUGGAGAAAAAGCAGAAGGAGGCGAGCAAUCCUCCGGGCGCGAGGAGCGGCGCACACGUGCUACGUGCGAGUGACCAGCAACGUAAGCCGCCAUCUUGGCUGUCACGCUGCAGCUUGCUCUGACGCCCUGCCGCACUCGCCGCACGCUGAGAACCCACCUCUACUAUAUUUUUCGACCUACCAUUUUUUAUCGGUGUGCGACAACUCCGAAUCGGGGAUCAGACUUGCUUUUUGUAUUUUUAUAUCCAUUCAUUUCUCUUGAAUCGCAGUCGCACAAAGCUGGGUUAAUGGUGCAGUGUUUUUAAAAAAGAAUUUUAGUAAUACCAUU